AUGAUAUUUACUGUGGAGAAGAUCAAUGAAGACCUCCAGCUCUUACCUAAUAUCACAUUGGGCUUCAGAAUCUAUGAUAGCUAUGCUGGGGCACAGAUGUAUCAUGCCACAAUGGAAGUUUUCUCCAGUCAGAACAGAUUCAUUCCCAAUUACAAUUGUGGCAAUCUGAACAAACACAUAUCGGUUGUCAGGACUAUUGAUCCUGGAAUCUUUUUGGUAGAUAUUUUAGACACUUACAAACUUCCACAGUUCCCAACUGGUUCUUCUCCAAAUGAAAGCCCUUUCUACUACCGCAUGGCUCUAGGUGAAGGACUUCAUUACAGGGGAAUUAUUUAUUCAACUACUAUUGCACUUCAGGUGGACUUGGGUUGGGGUACUUGUGAAAGGAGCAAAGCCAAUGCUGUCAUAAUCAAUGAUAACUAUCUUUUAAACAUAAGAUGGUUGUUACUUCUACCUGAAAUGGAAUUGGUUUCUGUAAGGCCAAAAGGCAAGGUGUGGAUCAUGGCUUCUCAAAAGGGUCGUGCAUCAUUCUUUUAUCAGAGGAGCUGGGAUAUCCAAGUCCUUCAUGGUGCUCUGACCUUUGCACCUUACUCAAAUGAAGUUGCAGGUGUGUUUCCAAAACUAUCUGGGAAUGAGGAAACAGAGGACAUCUGUACAGGGAAGGAGAAACUGGAGAGCCUUCCUGGGGCCUUUUUUGAAAUGAGGAUGACCAGUGAUAGUUACAGUAUAUACAAUGCAGUGUAUGCUGUGGCACAUGCUUUACAUGCCAUGAAGUUGGGCCAACAACAGCACAGGGGAAAGUUGAAUGGUAGAAAACUCAAUCUUCAGGUUCUCCAGCCAUGGCAGGGUGAACUGGUUACAGGACUGGAUGUUGAGAACUGGGUCACAUUCCCAAACCAGUCCUUCCAUCGUGUGAGAGUUGGGAAGCUGGAUCCCUGGGCUGCUGAAGACAAAAUGUUCACCAUUCACGAGGAAGCCAUCAGUUGGCACAGCACUUUCAAUGAAGUGGAUUGUGGAUAUGUGGAUGACUGCUUCAAAUGCCCAGAAGAUCAAUAUCCAAAUGAGGACCAAGAUCCAUGUAUUCCAAAGAAAAUAUCUUUCUUGACGUAUGAAGAACCAAUGGGAAUAGGAUUAGUCAUUCUGGCACUUUUCUUUUCUUUCUGCACCAUUGUGGUGCUGGCAACAUUUUUGAUGUAUCACCAUACUCCCAUUGUCAAGGCCAAUAACCAAAAUCUCACCUAUCUUCUACUAAUUUCUCUCCUCCUCUGCUUUCUUUGCUCACUGCAGUUCCUGGCUGCACCUGGCAAUACAAUAUGUCUCCUCCGACAAAUUAGCUUUGGCAUCAUCUUCUCAGUGGCUGUGUCUUCUGUGCUAGCAAAAACCAUCACUGUGGUUCUGGCUUUCAUAGCCACCAAGCCAGGAUCCAGGAUGAGGAAAUGGGUGGGAAGAGGAUUGGCCACCUCCAUUGUUCUUUCUUGUUCCCUGAUUCAGGCAGGCAUCUGCACAGUCUGGUUGUUCACAUUUCCACCUUUCCCUGACAUUGACGCACAUUUAGAAAAUGAGGAAAUCAUCCUGAAGUGCAAUGAAGGCUCAGCUACCACGUUCUACUGUGUCCUGGGCUACAUGGGCUUUCUGGCAGCUGCCAGUUUCACAGUAGCUUUUUUCUCCAGGAACCUCCCCAGCAGUUUCAAUGAGGCCAAAUGUCUCACAUUCAGCAUGCUGAUCUUCUGCAGUGUGUGGCUCUCCUUUGUUCCUUCCUACCUGAGCACCAAAGGGAAAUACAUGGUGGCUGUGGAGGUUUUCUCCAUUUUAGCCUCUAGUGCUGGGUUGCUGGGCUGCAUAUAUAUCCCAAAAUGGUAUAUAAUUAUUCUUAGGCCAGACCUAAACAACAAGGAGCAACUAAUAAUGAGAAACAGUUAA